CAUAAUCAGAAGCCAUUCCUAUUGGGUGAGAGGAAUCAAACGUAUCCGAAAUGACGCCAUUACGCACACAUCCGACCUGUCCUUGAAGCUACAGCACAAGCAAGAUGGUUGCAUACUGGAGACAGGCAGGCCUAAGCUACAUCCGCUUCUCCGCUAUCUGCGCUAGCGCGGUGCGGGCUGCCCUGAAGCCGCAGUUCAAGUCCGAGGCAAUCAAGGCCGCAGAAGCAAAUGUCAAAGUCAUCAAAGCCAAAACGGCAUGAUGUGAAACUGUGAUGUAGUCAUUAUUCCUGGGGUUGAGGUCCUGUCAUCAUCCUGUCAUUCACAACAUGGAGAAGGAAAAGAAAGCUGGACAACAUCAAGAAUGAGGGCCUGAAUGGAACUGCUUUUUUUUUUUCCAUUUUUCAUUUGUAAUUAAAGUUGUAUUAAAGCUUAAUAUUGGAAA